CUUUAAUGCUUAAUACUUCACCUCGCUCCGUGCAUAUUGUUUGGUUAAGGGCUGACACAUUUGACGUUUCAUAAGCUCAUAAGUAUCAGAUCUCUGCCUCGCUUGAUUAAUCUGUCAUACUAAUCUGCCGAAGUGAUAUUGAGGACCUUUAUUCUCUUUUGAAGAUUAGAUUUAUUUAUAUAAAACUAGUUUUAUAACCCACUUGGCAUUCCUCUAUAAUACUAAAGAUGCAUAUUAAUGAAAUUAAAUGUUUAAAUGAUAGAAUUAAAUCACUGCAGGCUGAUUUUGACACUGUGUUUAAGAAAAUGCCCCCUCCCUCACUCAUGCACAUAUAGGGAGGAGAAAAUCUGCCAAUCCUAGCUAAAAAAAAAACUGACAGAUGAUUCUUUUCCACUGCUCUGUGCAACAUCUGCAACUUAAAGUCUCUGAGGUCAUUAAGCCCCUCCAGCUUUAAGGAAGAUGUCCUGACAAUCAAACAGCAGGAACCGCAGACAUACAAGGGAACAAACACAGAAAAAUGUCAUGGAUAUUCACGGAUAUUUGCCUUAUGUGUCGUCAUAUGCAGAAGUUCAUAACCUCCACUUGAAUCUAUGGGAGGGGCCGAGCGAUGCUGAGGCUGCUAAUGGAUUGCUGGAAGUUCAUGCAUGCAGAGCGAGGACAAAUAUUUUCAUCUGAGCACAUUAAGCCUCGUCGGGUUGCAGCUGGAUUAUUUCAACCUUACAUUUUUUAAAGUUUCUGCAAGAAAGAGGUGCGUUUGAGUCCCAGCUGGUACAGGGUUUUAUUUGGUGGAUCUUUUUGUGACGCAGGCAGAUGUGACCUUCAGGGACUGUAAGGAGAUUGAAGUCUAAAAAAAACGCUGGGAAAUUACCAGAUUUAGAGCAGGACCGAAGGCCUUUUUUUCUCCUGUGGACAAAAACCUGAAAUAAAAGAUUUGGUGUAUUAUCACCUUUAAACACCAUCAGCAUGGAGCACUCCCCCUCCAUUAACCUGUCCGUGGUGGAUGGAGACGAUGUGGAGGACCACCACCCCCUACUCCCACAGAGGAUGCUCCCUGCAGCUCAGCCCUGCUCUCCACAAUGUGGGAUCCAUCAGAACAUCCAAACGCUGACCAGUCAGACCGUGUGGCUGGACAGAACACAGGCCAUGGCCACCACACCUUUAUACAACGGCCACCUAUACAUGGCAUGUUCCCCUCACUCCAGCAGACGAGGAGAGAAAGGCAAAGAUAGGAAAAGUGAGAAAAGAUCAGGGAAAAGUCGACAGAACCCAGCACACAGUCAGCACAAUCACCAGAGUAGGGCCAGGAACACAGGAGCUCUCAGACUGCAGGAGAAAGUCACCUCUUUCUCUGACAUCCCCAUGUCUCCCUGUGGGUCGCCCUAUAAGGGCCCCUGCAGGUCGCACCUGGACAUAAAAGAUGAGAGCAGAGGGCGCCGUACGUCUGGGAAUGUUUCUUUAGAGAUGCAUGACCGGCAGACUCUCCCUGAGAUCAUAAUCACCGACAAAGACAACGACUUCCAGCCCCGCAGUGAGAGCCCCCAGGACCUGCAGGAGGCCAAAGGUCUGCUGCCCAGAGCAGAGAGAUCCAGUCAGAGCCCCAGUCCCCCACCCAGCCCAAAACGUAAGGGGAGCGAUAAGGACGAGUCGUACUGGAAGACGCACAACAUCGGCUGGAGGCUGCUGCGUAGGAGGUCUCUGUUUUUGAGGAGGCAACGACUGAACGACUGUGCCCUGGCAGUGGGGAUGUUUGGCAUGAUGCUGAUGGUGAUGGAGACCGAGCUCUCCUGGAGCGUCUACAGCAAGAGCUCCGUCUACUCUCUUGCUUUCAAGACAGUUAUCAGUUUGUCUACAAUUGUCCUGCUGGGCCUCAUCAUUGCCUACCACUGCUGUGAGGUUCAGCUCUACGUUCAUGACAUCGGUGCAGAGGAUUGGCGGAUUGCCAUGACAACCGAGCGCCUGGCCCUGAUUAUCCUUGAGUUGGCGGUGGUAGCCAUUCAUCCGUACCCUGUGGGUCUGAUGGCGUACUUUGAGCAAACUCUCCAGCACAUCACGCCGCGCCUCUCCUUGUCAGAGACUGAGCUGGAGAUCGUGCUGGCUCUGCCUAUGUUCCUGCGGCUCUACCUGCUGGGCCGUGCCAUGAUGCUGCACAGCCGCCUCUUCACCGACACUGCAUCCCGCAGCAUCGGAGCGCUCAAUAAGAUUCACUUCAACACUCGGUUUGUUGGGAAAACUCUGAUGACCACAUACCCUGGAACCGUGCUGAUGAUUUUCAGCGUCUCUCUGUGGAUUGUGGCAGCGUGGGGCUUACACGUCUGCGAGAGACAUCACAACUACAGGGACCUGAGCAGCAACUACAUGGAGGCUCUGUGGAUGGUCUCUGUCACCUUCCUGUCCAUUGGUUACGGAGAUGUGGUGCCGCAUACUUACUGUGGUCGCACUCUCUGCCUCCUCACUGGUAUCAUGGGAGCAGGCUGCACGGUCCUCGUGGUGGCAGUUGUUGCAAGGAAGCUGGAGUUGACCAGAGCAGAGAAACACGUUCACAACUUCAUGAUGGACUCACACAUCACAAAGAGGAUAAAAAUUGCAGCAGCAAAUGUGCUGAGGGAGACUUGGCUGAUCUACAAACACACUAAGCUGUCAAGAGAAAGAGACCAAACCAGAGUCCGCAUGCACCAGAGGAAGCUGCUGCUGGCCAUCCACCAGCUGCGGCGAGUAAAGAUGGAAAAGCGAACACUUGCAGAUCAGGCAAACACACUUGUUGACCUCUGCAAGGUGAGAGAGAUGCAGACCCUGAUGUAUGAUGUUCUGAACGAGAUCCAGGGCUGUCGAGGUGAGCUGGACUCGCACAUCCACAGCCUGGAGAAGCACGUGGAGGAGCUUAGGGAGGGCUUCAGGAGCCUGAUGCCGCUUCUGUCCAGCACCCUGUCCACGCAGAACUCCUCCAUCAGACACCUGCUGCGAGAGAGGGAGACGAAGACGGACGCCGCUGUUGCUGCUGCCUCUGCUUCUACAAGUGUGGACAGGUAGAGGGAGGACAGAGAAGAUGAUGGAGAAGAACAAGAAGGCUUCUCAGGCGGUAUUAUCCACUUAUAAUGCAGUAGGCUAAAGAUAAUGGGACUAUUUUUCUUACUGAGAUGAAGAUAGGAGCUAAGGACGGUGACAGAAAAGAAAAGAAAUGCGUAAAAAACUGUAUUAUAACAUAGAUAGCAACAUUUUCUGUAGCAAAAACAUCUUUAAAUUAAAUUUUCAGGUUAUAAUUCAUGGAGUGAGAGAAAAGUACAAUUUUAUCAGUGACAGAUAUUCUAUAAUGGCUUAAUUUUAAAAAAUGUACAAAUAUAUUUCUUAAUGACUCUAUGAAACAAAGGAUUUGCUCAUUUUUUUGAUGUUACACUUUGAUAAAAAUAUAUAUUUUUAUUGUUGGUC